CCAAGAACAUUAUCUGUCAAAAUACAUGCACACAGAUUCUUCCACACUUGUAAAAGGCAGGGGGAAGCGUAUUCCUCGUGAGUACUGCAGUCCCAGCAACGCAAUAUACGCUACUAUUACCUACGAACCCCACCCCUCAUAUUAUAUAUACGGACAACGGAGAGAGGGAGAAUAUAGAGCUAUAUAAUUUUUUUUUCUUUUUGGGUGCGUGUGUGAGUUUUAGGAAGAGAAAUCCAAGAGAAUGAUGUGGGAAGCUGGCGGAUCAUCGGCAUCGUCUUCAGCAGCUGGUAUUGGAGGUGAUGGUGGUUGUGGUGGUGCAGGGAGGAGGAAACCAUCUUGGAGAGAAAGGGAGAACAACAGGAGGAGAGAGAGGAGGAGGAGAGCAAUAGCAGCCAAGAUUUAUACAGGAUUAAGGGCACAGGGGAAUUACAAUCUACCAAAACACUGUGAUAACAAUGAAGUCUUGAAAGCUCUCUGUGUUGAGGCUGGUUGGAUCGUGGAGCCUGAUGGCACCACCUAUCGUAAGGGAUGCAAGCCACCUCUAAUGGAAAUGGGAGGCACUUCAACCAACAUCACUCCUAGUUCAUCCCGAAACCCAAGUCCACCGUCUUCGUAUUUUGCGAGUCCAAUUCCAUCUUAUCAACCUAGUCCGUCAUCCUCUUCAUUCCCAAGCCCAUCUCGGCAAGACGCCAACGCGGCUUCACAGUCAUACAGUUUCCUCCUCAACUCUUUCCCUUCUUCUCUUCCUCCGCUCCGAAUAUCAAACAGUGCCCCAGUAACGCCCCCUCUUUCUUCACCUACUAGGCUUCCUAAGCAAACUUUCACUUUGGAGUCUCUUGCCAAAGAAUCCAUGUCUGCCUUGAAUAUCCCUUUCUUUGCAGCUUCUGCCCCGGCAAGUCCUACUCGUGCUCAGCGUUUUACGCCAGCAACUAUACCAGAAUGCGAUGAGUCAGACACCUCAACUAUUGAUUCAUGCCAAUGGAUGAACUUCCAAGUCUGUGCAAAUGCAGCCAACAUGGUUCCAACUUCUCCAACAUUUAAUCUAGUGAAACCAAUCACAAACCUUGUUCCUUCCCAAGAUGUAGUGAUGUCGGAGAAGGGGAAGGGCAUAGAAUUCAACUUUGAGAAUGUGGCUGUGAAGCCAUGGGAAGGUGAGAGGAUUCAUGAGGUGGGAAUGGAUGAUCUUGAACUUACGCUUGGAAGUGGAAACACCCGGAUGUAAGCAAUUGACGAAAUUGAAUUGUGGUGAAACAUUGAUAAAACCGAGUUUCUCUAAUGGCAUUUCUUUGUAACUUGAUGCAAGAAAACUGGCAGCGUUACUGUCGAAAGUAAACCUACUCGCUGUAAAAGAAUUUGGUCUCAGAGGUGAAAAGAAUUACAAAUUUGGAAUUUGAACCAAUUUCUUUUAUUAGGAUGGAUUGGUUUUUCAGUUGUUUCUUUUAGUCCUUUAUUCUGUUUUGCUUUUUCUGUUAUGAGUAAUUGUUGUCUUCCCCUUUAAAUUGUUUGGGGGUUAUCUUUUACAAGCAUUACUUGUAGACAGUUGUGUUCUUGGGAAGAAUUGUCAUCUUCAUUGUAGGCUAGUGGGAAUUUAUCCACGGUUGAAAUCUUUGAGGAUUUGGCUUAAUUAUAGACGCAUUUCAUUAUUUCCGA